GAUUUGUUUUGCAGCCUUUAGACUUCCUCCUCUGCGUGUUUUCAUAAACAAACCACAUUUUUCCUCCCGCCGGGGCCGCCGCACUCUUACCCUGUCAGCCUGCCAGCAUUGUCGGAUUCCUGCUCCCGUUUUAACGAAGAGGCCCGCAGAGCUUUCGAGAGCUGGUUCGGGUUCAAACAAGAGACGCGGGUAAACGCUGCAACAACCGGAGGCUGUCGGUGUUUGUCUUUAUUGUCCGAGCGGUCAACGCGUGGUCGACUGUUGUCGGAGCGAGCCCACCUGCGCGACCACAUACCUGCCAUAGGCGGAUGGUUUUCAGUUGUCAGUCACAUUGGCCCGCUGCGUAGACUGUGAAGAGCUUCGUUAUUAUCAGACAUGGUAAAGCUGACAAAGGCCAAGACAUUCCAGGCCUACCUGGACUCCUGCCACCGCCGUUACAGCUGUGUGCACUGCCGCGCCCAUCUGGCCAACCAUGACGAUCUUAUCUCCAAGUCUUUUCAAGGCAGUCAGGGCCGAGCCUACCUCUUCAACUCUGUGGUGAACGUCGGCUGUGGUCCUGCAGAAGAGAGGCUGCUGCUCACAGGACUUCAUGCAGUGGCCGACAUCUACUGUGAAAACUGUCACACCACGCUGGGCUGGAAAUAUGAACAAGCCUUUGAACUGAGUCAGAAGUACAAGGAGGGGAAGUACAUCAUCGAGCUGUCCCACAUGAUAAAGGACAACGGCUGGGACUGAGGGAAAUCUUCAUCUUUCUUCAUGACUUUUUCAAAAGUUGCAUCCCCUCGACAUAAAAGGGUUCCAGUGUAGCUUCCUCAUCCCGCGUUCGAGCCAUCACUGUGCCACACUUUUCACUUCGUAUGGCUUUGCCAAGAAUAGCAUGUGAUGCCUUAUCUUUUUCUGUUCUUCGUGUUUUUCCAGCGACCACAACAACACAUUUGCUGAUAUCUCUAUCCUAAUUGCUAGUUGUGCUGGGACAUGGACUGAAUGAGUGCAGGGGUUGUGUGUGUGUGUGAAAGACCGGCAGAUGUAGUCACACAGGCACGUGUGCGUGUUGGAUUUUUAAGCGUGUUCGAGUGAUGAAACCCUUAUCAGUGACCUCUCAACAGCCCCGCUCUGUGGGGGUGAGGCCAGUGCAAGUCAAAUAAUCUGACCUUCUUACACAUCAGAUGCAGGCAUUUGGGUUUUCCCCUUGAGUUUAGGCUAUCUGGCCCAAACUGUGUAAAGUGUUUAGGUGAUUUGUGAGUGAUGCAAGGGUGUGGGGAUGCUUAGAGCAGUGGGAGGGCUUGUUUUUUUAGCAGUGAAAUUCAAGUUUUUAUUAGUAAGAUCAGUAACACUUGGUCAUAUUGUCCCAGAGGCAAUCGUGGUGUUGAAUUACUAAUGUUAAAGCCCACAAAAGUAUCUUGAGAGAAUUUUUAAAUUUGGAGUAUGAGUGUUUUCUGAUUGUAGGUAUACAUUUUAGAGUAUGUGUGUGUGUGUGUGUGUGUGUGUGUGUGUGUGUGUGUGUGUCUAUGCAGUGUGUGCUGAGAUGCCUUAAGCUGGACAGUGUUGAGAAGCAUUAGUCUGGAGUUCACAUCCAGAGUUACCACUGCACAGUUGGGAUAUCUUCACUUUUACUUAAUGCUGAUGAGAUCGAUCCUUUUGUGUUUUGUGUAUAACCUAACACUGAGCUGUCCUUACUGAUAUACUGUAUUUACUCAAUCAUGUUAGAGCAAGGUGUGAUUAGGAUUAUGUAGCAUAUUUAUGGUGAUUUUUAAUGUCUGCUUCUUUCAUUAAAAGUGUAUUAUUUUAACCUGAUCUUUCAUUAAAAUACAGUGUCUGUAA